AUGGUCCUCGGGAGAUGGUUGCAUGUAAGAAGUUCAUCAUCCACUGCAGACCACUGCUGUUUAUUUGCACUGAGUGAGCAGAGUGGAGCAUUCUCAAAGGAGUGUGCUGAUCAUGAUCAUACUGACAUUUGCGGACACUGUAGUUUCUUGAAUGAGACUUUAUCUCACAUAUCCCAGAAGACAGCAGAGAAAUAUUGGGAUAACCCUGAAGCGUUUUGUUUCAAAGUGGAUAAAGCUGUUUCGGAUAUUUAUGAAUGGAAGCGUCAUAUUUUACGUUCAAAAAACCAAGAGAGGGCCAGACAGGAUAUCCUCAAUUCCAUCACAGAGGGAGAAGUAUUCAUUAUUGCGGACUGGGCCAUGAAAUUCCUGCCAAGAAAGUACAGAGAAGGACAGACUGAUUGGUUUGCAAAACGUGGAAUAAAUUGGCACAUUGCAUUCACUGUGUACAAUAAGGGAGGGAGCUUAAAACAUCUGACUCAUGUACAUAUCUUCAAUACCCCAGUACCCCAAGAUGCUUCCACAACAGCAGCAUUGCUAAUUGAUGUCAGCCGAAAUGUUUGUUUACAACUACCUAAUGUUAGAAAAGUAAGCAUGUGGUCUGACAAUGCUGGAUGUUACAAAAGCACGUUGACGAUGGCACUACUGCAUCAGGAGCUUGGGGACAAAAUCAAAGUAUAUCACUUCUGCGAAGCUCAAGAUGGGAAAGGUCCAUGCGACAGAAAAGCUUCACACAUUAAAUCAGCAAUAAAACGUUAUGUGAAUGAAGGCAAUGAUGUCACAAAUGCUCAUCAAAUGAAGCAGGCUAUUGAUUCAAAGCAACAUGGGGAGUACAAAGUGAAAGUUCUUUGUCCAGUAAUCAAUACUGAUGCUGAGAAACUACAACUCAAGAAUAUCCCAGCUAUUUCAACAUUGCAUAAUUUCGAAUUCACCGAUACAGGACUUACUGUAUGGAGAGGAUAUGCAACUGGUCCAGGAAAAUUCAUUCCAUGGAACAAUAUAGGUGCAAACAGGAUUGCUACAGUGCAGUUUAUUAUACAGGAUGACUGGACAGAUGUGGCAUUCACACCAUUGAAUUCUGAAGUGGUUUCUAAUGGAGAUGAAGAUGAAGGAGAAGAAAAUACUGAUACAGAUGAGCCAAUCCCAAAGAAAAGAAAAGUACCAAAGAGAGUAUUCCAGUGCCCAGAAGAAGGAUGUACCCGCCUCUUCAGAUUUUCUUCCUCACUUGAUCAACACUUGCUAUUGGGAAACUGUGAUUUAAGGGAAGAGAAACUCGGCCUUAAAGACAAAUCUAUGGUCAUGUAUGCCAAAAAACUUGAUACAGGAAGUCUCGGGAAGUCUUAUACCAAACAGCUUGAAAGUAGCAAAGUUGGAGUUCCUGCUUUAAAGUGUGGCUGGGCAUUAAAAGUAAAGAAGCCAAAAAUACCCUUCACUGACGACCAGAAGGCAUUUAUGCAGGAAAAGUUUCUGAUAGGAAAAACAUCUGGAAGGAAAGAAGAUCCUUCAAAAGUUGCAGAGGAAAUGAGGUAUUCCGUGAGAAACGGGACGAAAAGAUUUUCAAAAGAACAAUACCUCACAUCACAGCAAAUUGCAAGCUACUUCUCAAGAAUGGUGCAGAAAGACAAAAAAAUGGACCAAGAUGACCUUAUAGCUGCUAAUGCAAACAGCAAAUCAUUUGUCUUGAAACAAGAUGUGUUGAAAGAAAUUGCAAUUUAAAAGAAUGAAUGUGAAGUAAAACAUACUACCGUAUCCACUCACCUAUAACGCAGCUGUAUAUUUUGUUCGUUCGUUUUUUUUAAAUUUAUUUACCAACAUUCACUGCAGUGCAAAAAUGUAAAUCCAUGCACAUAUAUGUUAGUAUAAUUUAUUAUAGUAGAUUACGUAUUUCCUCUUGCACUAACUUUCUUGUUAAAAUUGAGUUCUUUCCACUCUUGUUGAUAAAGCAGCAUUCAGGUUUUUUUAAACUUAUCAACUAUGCACAUAUAUAAUGAACAUCUUUUUUAAAUAACUUCCUGAAUUUUGGUUUCAAUUGUAUAUAUAUUAAUCUGGCUUAUUUGGAUUCACAUUCUCUCCAACAUGAUUUUGAAUUGAAAUCAACUUCAUCAUUGAUUACAAAAAAUAAUUCCACUUUCAUGUUUGGAUUCCUAUAUAUGGGUAAUUAUGCGAUAAACUCUGUAGUACAAGUGAUACAGAUGGAUAUUUAUGUACAUCUAAAUGAUUUCUAGAAAGAUGAUGAAAGGGGUGCAGUGUUUCAUAGACCUUCAUUAUUAUGUUGAUGUAUUUUGACAUAUAUAUAUAUAUAUAUAUGUAGUUAUGUGUAUUUUUUUGUCCAGUUGUUUGUUUGUUCCUUUCUUUCUUGUUUGACAUACAUGUAUGUAUCAAACCAUUGACUUGUUUCAUUUUAGCUGUAUUCUAAAAAUGUUCAUACACUAUAGUAGUAAGUUAUUUAUUAGAUAUUAGUUGUUGUGAAUGAUGAUAUGUUUGAAAGUUUCCAUUCAUUUCUAAUGGAAUUGAUCAGCGUCUGUUGUGAUAACAAUUGAACACUAAAACUACUAUUACAAUUGUUUUCAAAUUCUCAAGUACAUGUACCACCAAAACUUGACCAAUUUCCAAAAAUAUCCUAAGGCUUCUCUACAACAUCUCAUCUGUAAGAAAAAAAUCAUUGCAUAUCCAUGUAGUGCAGAAAGGCCUUUACCAAAAUUGUAAAUUUCAUGAUUUUUGGGAGAGAGGUUUUAACUCCAGGUGGGGCAAAACUGGGUAUAUAGUGUUUAUGUGUAAAGCAUUUCAAUAACAUCAUCUUUGGUGUUAUUGAUACUAAAUUCUGAUUGAAUAGAUCUAUAUUUAAAAGGAGUAGGUAUGCUUUACCAAAAUUGUAAAUUUGAUGAUCAAAGGACACGGUUUUGGUUCUGGGUGGGGCCAAAAUUAUUAUAGUUACCAUUGUGUUUAACAACAUCAUAUAAUUUUUUUAUUUCAACAUGAUGAAAAGUUUUGGGACAUUGUUUACCAUCCAUAUUCAUUAUUUCCUUAUAGAAAAUGUAUUAAUUAGUUGUGUGAAAAAGAAUAACAAGUUCUUCCUGCUCAUUAACAUUACAGACAGAAUUCAUGAAGUCAGCUUAGCACUUUUCGGUACUUUCAGUACUUUGAUUUUUAAAUAAUAAAUGUUCAAAAAAUAUUCAUUUACCCAUAAAAGUUUUCAGACAAUAACAUAUAGCAUGAUAUCUUCUUUCUUUUAUUAUAACACAACAUUUCAAUAUCAGUGUGGAACGAUGAUAAAUUUGAGCAUCAAAAGGGUCAUUUCAACCACUUUUUUUAUUUUUGGCACAGUGCCAAAUUACCUAAACUUUAAGAAAUGAUAUACUGAUUUUACUUUACCUUUUUGUAAAAAGUUUUUAUGUUAAUCGGAAGACAUUGUGUUGUAUUUAUUAUAUCUUAUGACAUUUUGUGAUUCCACACGGCAUAAAUAUUAAUGAGACAUAUUAAAAAAGUGCAAAAA